GUUCAGAGAUGCGUUCACGAGCCCAGCUCUUCAGAAAGUGUUACAGACAGCGGGUAGUGGGCUACUGUACUGUACAUCAUGGCACCAAAGAAAGUAUGCAUCAUUGGGUCUGGCAACUGGGGCUCAGCCAUUGCUAAGAUUGUGGGUGCCAACGCAGGGAAGCUUGACGCUUUCGCCACCACAGUGAAUAUGUGGGUUUUUGAGGAAACAGUGAACGGCCGUAAACUCACCGAUAUCAUUAACACAGACCACGAGAACGUUAAGUACCUGCCCGGACACAAGCUGCCCCCCAACAUCGUGGCGGUCCCCGAUGUGACAGAGGCUGUGAAGGGCGCAGACAUCCUGAUCUUUGUUAUUCCACACCAGUUCAUUCACAGAAUCUGUGACGCCAUCAAAGAGCACAUCAAGAAGGAUGCUGUGGGCAUGUCCCUCAUCAAGGGUGUGGAUGAGGGUCCGGAGGGCUUGAAGCUAAUCUCCGACGUCAUCCGAGAGAAGCUUGGCAUCACCAUGACGGUGCUGAUGGGAGCUAACAUAGCCAAUGAGGUUGCAGAGGAGAAGUUCUGCGAAACCACCAUUGGGUGUAAGAACCAGGAAUGGGGCGUCAUCCUGAAGGAACUGAUGCAGACCACCAACUUCAGGGUGACCGUGGUGGAGGAGGCUGAUGUCGUGGAGAUCUGUGGGGCUCUCAAGAACGUGGUGGCGGUGGGCGCCGGGUUCUGCGAUGGCCUGGGCUUUGGUGACAACACCAAGGCGGCUGUCAUCAGACUGGGGCUCAUGGAGAUGAUCGCCUUUGCCAGAAUAUUCUGCGCCAAUGGACCGGUCUCCUCCACCACCUUCCUGGAGAGCUGCGGCAUCGCUGACCUCAUCACCACCUGUUACGGUGGACGGAACCGCAAGAUUGCUGAGGCCUUCGCCAAAACCGGAAAAACCAUUGAGGAGUUAGAGAAGGAGAUGUUGAAUGGUCAGAAGCUCCAGGGUCCAGCGACUGCCGCUGAAGUCAGCAACAUUCUUAAGAAGAAGGGCCUGGUGGACAAGUUCCCCCUGUUCACCGCUGUCAAUGAGAUCUGUUUCCAUGGACACCCUGUCAAAGAGUUCAUUAGCUGUUUGCAGAACCACCCUGAACACAUGUAAGGCUGGUUUGGAUUGGAGGGUGUUUCAAACAGAUGGACGGACGGGUGGAGAAGAGGAGCUGGGUGACAGAGCACCACACAUCCAACCACCCGAAUCCCAAGAAAAGAAAAGGGAAGGGGGAUCCCCUCAGAAGGAGAACGUCUUCGCUGUACUUACCUCCUGUACAGGGGUGAUAUACCUCAACUCCCCUGUCAUCACAGUACCAUUACAGGUCCCUUUCAUAACCAGCUGUCUGUUCCAUAUCGCCACUGUCUUCGCUGUGUGGCUGUGUGUGUUGAACUGUGUCUAGAAUGCUACGGCCGCUAGCCUUAACCAGGUGGCCGCUAACCUUAACCAGGUAACCGUUUGUCUUCUGGUAAGCAAUGGACAUUCUUAACCAGGUGAUAUGUCUUCUGGUAGAGCAAUGGGCAUUCUUUGGAAGUGUAACUUACAAUUGUCGCAAAGGGUUUCCGUUCUCGACACAAGCAGCUAUAUUAUGUGGAUAUUGUAUUUUUAUUUUCAGAAAUCCUACUUAAAAAAAAUACAUGAAAAAGUGCCUUAACAUGCCGUUUGAUCCCACCCGGUAAAUAUUUGUCUUGUAAAUGGAUUUCUGUUCUUGUUCUGUGAAACAAAGCAUUUGAAUGAACAACUGACUUUCACUGCCAAUCCCUGGUUACUUCUCGUAUCAGCAUGUCCUCCCAACUGAAUGGAUGAGAUUUAUUUUGGAAUAAAUUGUUCAAAAGCCUCAGCCCUAAUUUUUUUGCUUUAAUAUUUUGAAACAUGCAGUGCUACAGGGAAAAAGGUUGAGAACCUUUCCCCGUGCAAGCUAUGCACUAAAGAGCCUUUCAGUGUAAUUAGAUCUUAAUCCGACUCCUUGCCUGCUACCCUAAACUUUUCACCUUUACCAUUUUCUAGAGUGGCUACUGCAACCUUUCUCUGUGCUGACACCUACGCCCGCAGUGCCGCUGAUGUGGUUUGGAGAAAAUCAAUUUAAUAUUCCAGUUUGAAUAGAUUUAAUUCCGAUCAUAUCUUUUUGAGAGUGGAGAACAGUUCAUGCAUCCCCUGAAUAUUCGCUGUGUCAGGAUCCUCAGGGCCAGCUUUACCUUGGACUCAGGGUUAAUCCUAGCUUCCACAGAUUUUUCAUUUUGUUUAAGAUCUGUAUGUUACGUUCAGUUCAGUGCGCUGAUAUUAUGUUUGCGUACAUUUUAUCAAUAAAUAUUAAUUGUCAGAUUUUAA